AUAGUUUCAGUUGCCUCUGGUUUGCAGGAUGAAUUGGCUAAAGUCUCUUUUUUUGCUGCUGCUGUCGGCAUUAUUUGUGAAUUCCGUGAUGACAACUGGCUUUGCGGAGGAAACUGUUCUGAACCACGAAGUGGACCCGGAUCCGGGUCGUGUGAAGUACAUUUGGAAUCCGUUCCCUGGCUUCUGCGGCGAGAAUGCCAGCAUGGUUCGAUGUGCCGGAGUGUGUCCCGAAACCUGUGCCUUCAAAUCGGCCAAGUGCCCCAAAUAUUGCGGUGUGAAUUGCGUUUGCAAACCUGGCUAUGUCUUUAAUGAAGAUCUGCAGCUCUGCAUCUUAAAAUCGGAAUGUCCUCAGGAUAUAAAACAGGAAGUUGUGGAAACCCAUCGGGUGUUUCAGUAG